GGGAACGAGGUGGUGAGGAGGAGCAGGAGGAGAGUGAAGAGAUUGCGGCGAGGAGCACAGCGAGCCCCAGGGAGCAGCAGCAGCAGCGUGGUGGUGGUGGUGGGGCGAAGACUAAAAGAGGUACGAGGUGGAGAAGAAGACGACGACGAGGAGACGACGAGGAGGAGGAGGGGAGGAGGUCCUCGUGCUACCAUGGUCAACCAUCUCCACCUCCUCCCGGUCGUGUCGCUUCUUCUGUCGGUGCUCGCCGUGGAGUGCUCCGUGAACAUCUUCAUGAGCGAAGACGAGGUGAAGAAGCUGUUGGGGCUGAAGGCGCAGCUGUACUACGUGCGGGAUGGCGUCGUCUGCCAGAACGCCUUCUCCUUCGUGCUGCCUGUGCCGGGGGACAUGGGCAGCCUGCACUUCACCUGGCACGCGUCCACGCCGGUGGAGUACAGGCUGGGGUUCCAGGUGGACGAUCCGAUCGCCAUGGACCCCCCAACGGUGAACGUCACGUGGAACGGAGAGGUGCCCAGACUCCCCUCCGUGUUCCGCGUGACCCUGCCCUGCACGGGCCGCGUUGAGAGCGACGUGGCACUGCUCAUGCAGCUGAACCUCACCUCCACCGCCACCUCCACCGCCACCUCCACCGCCACCGCCACCGCGGCCGGGAAAAACGUCACCACCCUCAACUUCAAGCGGCGGAAAUCCUGCUCCCGACAAGCCGAACUGGAUGAGGGACCACUCGGUCCAUCCACCGACGGGCACGGUGCGACGGCGGUGGUGGCGGCGGCGACGACGUCCACGCGCGUCUUCUACAUCAGCGUGGGCGUCUGCUGCGCCGUCAUCUUCCUGGUGGCGCUCGUCCUGGCGCUGCUGCACAUCCACAGCAUGAAGAAGGUGGAGGAGGACAGCCUGUUUGACAGUGAGAGCACCCAGGGGCUGUCUCAGCCGUCCACACAGACCACGCAGUGCCUCCGUGCGGACACUCCCAACAACGCAGCGCCCAUCACCAACUACCCGAGCCUGAAGAUUGAGAAGAACGACCUGAAGCCGCUGAACCUGCCGGAGGCGAAGAGUCGCGUGCGGGACAUCGCGGUGGCGCGCGAGAGAGUCACGCUCAAGCAGGUGCUGCAGGAAGGGACGUUUGGCAGGAUCUACCACGGUGUGCUCCUCGAUGAGAAGGACCCCAAGGUGGAGAAGGAGGUGUUCGUCAAAACCGUCAACGAGCACGCCUCCGAGGUUCAGAUUGUCCUCAUGCUCACGGAGAGCUGCAAGCUACGAGGGCUGCACCACCGGAACCUUCUGCCGAUCUGUGCGGUGUGCGUGGACGACGGCGAGCGUCCCCUCGUGCUGCUGCCGCUCAUGAGCUGGGGCAACCUGAAACUCUUCCUUCGCCAGUGCAAGCUGGCCGAGGCCAACAACCCACAGAGCCUAUCGCAGCAAGACCUGGUGAACAUCGCCAUCCAGAUAGCGUGCGGCAUGAGCUACCUCACCAAGCGAGAGGUGGUACACCGUGACCUCGCUGCCAGGAACUGCGUCAUUGACGAGGGCCUGCACGUGAAGAUCACGGACACGGCGCUGGCACGUGACCUCUUCCCCAUGGACUACCACUGCCUGGGGGACAACGUGAACCGGCCCGUCCGCUGGAUGGCCCUCGAAGGGCUCCUCCACCACGACUUCUCCCCCGCCAGCGACGUGUGGGCGUUUGGUGUGACGCUGUGGGAGUUGAUGACGCUGGGCCAGACUCCCUACGCUGACAUCGACCCCUUUGAGAUGGCGGCCUACCUCAAAGAUGGCUUCCGAAUCCCCCAGCCCUGCAACUGCCCCGACGAGCUGUUUGCAGUCAUGGCGUGCUGCUGGGCGCUGGACCCAGAGGAGAGGCCGAAGUUCACUCAGCUGGUGCAGUGCCUCACCGAGUUCCACGCGGCGCUCACCGCCUACGUGUGAGCUCACCGCUCACCACCGACGUGUGAGCUCACCGCUCACGUGUGAGCUCACCGCUCACGUGUGAGCUCACCGCUCACCACCGACGUGUGAGCUCACCGCUCACGUGUGAGCUCACCGCUCACCACCGACGUGUGAGCUCACCGCUCACGUGUGAGCUCACCGCUCACCGCUCACGUGUGAGCUCACCGCUCACCACUACGUGUGAACCUGACAACUCACGGCUCUGGUGUGAGCUCACUGCUCACCACUCGCAUGUCAGCUGACCGUCUUCGUGCGAGCUCACCGCUCGCCACGUACAUUUGAACUCGCUACUCCCGGCUCAUGGCCCUAUGCUCGCCGCUCUUGUG